AUGGCCGAACCACGUCUCCGCUUAGAUCUAGACACUCCCACCUCCCACCUUAUCCUCGUCCACCCGGAUAGCGGAUCAUACUCUCAGCCUCUAUCGGGCUCGCUUUGGAUCUCAACCGAGUCUCUCACGAGGGACACCCUGAACCCUUCCGAAAUCACCGUCAGUCUUCUACGAAUCGUGGCGAUUGCAGCCAACAGGCUAGCGCGCAGAAAGACAGGAGGUCACCAGCGAUAUUCUCUCCCAUUCAAACGUCGGACGAACUCACCCAGAACAGCUCGGACGACGACUCGGACAUAUUGCGAGACCGUGCUCGAGUGUAACCUCUGGUCCUCGCCGAAUGCCUUCGCCACGUCUCGAAGCGCAAUCACAGACACGAGUCUCAAGUUGCCCUUUUGUGUACCAGUGCCGGAUAACCUUCCUGCCACGACGACCACCGACCUGGGGACCAUCAGCUACGCGAUCCGAGCCACGGUAACUCUGGCCUCGGGGGAAUCACAAAUCUCAUGCAGACCGCUAGGGAUUUCCUACCGCCUCAUACCCAGCUCAUAUCUCCCAGCCAAACACAUUCGGAGGUUUCCCCAAUCGCCUCUCAUCUUCGACGUCAGCAUCACACAACGACAGCCCCAUCACAGCACGACCAGAGCUCAAUUCUCUGUGGCACUGCUGGUCCGGAAUCUAUAUACUCUCGGGGACCGAGAGGGGGAAGCGAAGUAUGUGACAGUCAACGCAGUCAAGUGGGAAGUGGAGGAAGAAGCGGUUCUGACAGAGAUCACCAGCGGGGACCGGCAUACAAGCCUCAGUCCUGGUCAGAGGUCGACGCGGGCCUUGAGUCGCGGAGAGGACAGGAUCCCGUGGUCAACCAGCAACUACCGACGGUCCAACCUACCGAGUCGGACGGAUGAUCCGGCUCAUAUCCAAUUCGAGAUUACGAUACCACAAAGUGCCAAUGCUGCGGAUGACCCAGACCUAGAGUCACUGGCCCGAAGUCGUGGGCGGCUUCAUCCGAGUGCGGUGGCCAAGACCCCAGCCAUCACCGUCGACCACCACCUCAAGGUUGAAGUCAUCACGGGGGAGGAUACUGUGAAUAACCGAACGAAUCGUUUGUUGGACCGAAGGACUUCGGUCAAGUCCUACGGGGCGAUCUUGCCGCUACGCAUCCAACAGCUAGCUAGCAGCAGUGACAAUCUGUACGCCGACGUCUUCGGCGAGGAGCUCCCAGCAUUUGAAGUGGCUCAAUCGCUAUCGCCGCCAGGCUAUGAGGCAGGGCUAGCGGCGGCCACGUAACGCUCCGGUGGCUAGACAAGGACGAACUCUUAACAGGCAUUGACCGAUCUUAUAACCAUAUACUCUAAUACACUUCACUGGACCCACUCCUCCGCUGCCAACUGUACCGUACUGUACACGUGUGGAUAAUGCCUGCUGACAUAAGCUAUGCCACUAGUGAACUAGUUGUGCCCUGGUCUUAGAGUUCUCCGGACUAUGAGGUGAUGGAUGGGUGCGUGAUGCAACAAUCCACCCAAAUAGGCAUUUAGUCCGGGCGAAUGACUCCACCAAGCUUGCUGCCUGCAGAAUCACCAAUGUGACCGUCGGAGAUGCUUGCAGAAAACGGUCUACCGUCCCUGGGGGGCAAUUUAUGCGGCAGGACCGGCACGGAGGAGGAAGCACGGCGAGGCCAACGCUUUCCCCACGUGCUUG